CAUCAACACCACUUCUGAACUAGCAUUGGCUUUUCCCCCCAUGUCCCGUAUCCCCUAAUUGAUCAAAUCAGUUUUACCAAGACUAAAUAAAACAAUCACCUUGCUUCGGCUGCUUGGCAUCAUCUUUCUUGUUAAUAUUCCAAGGUUGCCUACAUAUCUUCAAGAACUCCUGGAAAGGAGCUUCAACACCCGCAGCCUUCCCCCUCAGCUCGUUAAUUAAUUAUUUAUUUUCCUCCCUCGUUCCUCUUCUCAGGUGUCUAUCCUUUCAUCACCACUUGCUCAGUCCGAGCGAAGCACAGCACAGCUGCUGCUCCAUGAGUUUCCAACACCUUCGGGGCUUGAUCUCAACGCUACUACUGUCUUCUUUCCCAAACGUCUCAAAACUAUCAAUACCUCCAACCAAGCACAAUGGUCAACGAUGAGGGAGCCCGAGGCGGACCGCCCUUUGGGAGCCGUGCCGAGGCCCGCUCAUGCAUCAGCCCUCAAUGCAGACGGCGCGAGGGGAUGCUGAAAGCGGAAAUCGACAGGCUGACCGCAGAGAUUCAACGACUGGAAGGACAGGCGGGACGCAAGGCAGAAGAAAUUCGCCAGCUCAGUCGUGACAAGAGCGCCCUGGAGGAGGCAAACAAGGCGCUGAGAGACGCGCUGACAGCCAAACUAGAAAGGGCACGCAAACACCAUAAACGUGUACGUUCAGAUCCAAACCCUUAAUUAGUUUUCAUAUAUCUCACGACGGCCCUGGAUCUGGAAGGAGCUGACGCGAGGGACGAUGGUGGCAGACUUGGCCUGAUGC